AUGCCUCAUUUCAAUUUUCUCGCCAAGUUCGUAAUUCUGGCGAUCGCGUCUGUGACUAUCCUCUAUUUAUUGUGUACUUCUCAACCAUCUACAUGGCAUUUUAAUCGUGUUGCUGCCGGAUAUCAACAUGCGACCACCUACUACACCCGCCCACCCUAUAAAGGGAAACCGGCCGAGCUAGCUGAAGAACAACAGAGCUCAAUCUACCAUCCUACAGAGAGCGCCACGAGUGCAAAAGCAUUGACCGGAACGGAUACCGCCAUAGAGACCGCCGCAUAUCAUGUUCAGGACCCGCAUGAUCCUCAAGAGUCGGAAGAGCCUCAGGAAGAAUUCGAUGACAUCCCUGAAGAGACUCCGGAAGAGCGACACUGCUCCAAGAGUGGGACACUGUCCCCCAACCCGAUCCCAAAGGUCGUAAAUUUCAUAUGGCUCAAUCGGACUGAACUAUCCUUUGUGAGCUAUCUGGCUAUGCGGGCCGCACUAGUGUCUCUCCAACCAGACCGGCUGAAUCUACAUUAUACCGAUCUCAACGAUGACAAUGAGUGGUUACGCAAGCUGCACGCCAACAUCACGCUCGUCCACCACGACUUGAAGCAAGAAUAUCCGAAACAAGUCGAGGAGAAUUGGCACCUAGCACACGUCUCGGAUGUGAUGCGGCUAGAUAUACUACAACGCGACGGCGGGAUCUACUUCGAUACGGACAUCAUCGCUCUUCGGCCAUUUGACGGUCUUUUGCAUAGCCCAAAGGACACAAUUCUCGGAAAUGAGGGUCGUGACCGCUUCGGGCUCUGCAACGGCAUUAUUUUGGGGCGAAAGGGCGCCGCAUUCAUGGACCGCUGGAAGGCAAGCUACAGCUCCUUUGAGGUAGCCGAGUGGAACACCCACUCGGUCAUACUCCCAAAGGAGUGGUCUCUGACAUUCCCAGAAGAAAUUUGCACCUUGACACCAUCGGCGUUCUUCUGGCCAAGCUGGGAUUCUAUACAGUAUAUGCACGAGCUGCUUACUGACACCCAGGCCAGGAAGUUUGAAAAGACCCUUGCCAGCCACAAUGGUAGUAUGUACCCACAUCAACUCGCUUAUCAUGCCUGGCACCAAGUGGCGCCACAGCUGGAUGACUUAACGCCCGAGAUUGUAAUGACACGGAACACUCGGUUUAACAUGUUGGUUCGGCGAUUUAUAGAGUAA